CCAAAACCUCCCCGCUUUCUCUCUCCUCCACCUCCCCCCUUCCCCACCCCCACCCCCACCUCGCGAUCUCCACGCCUCCCGCAACCCACUCCCGGGGCGGGCCCCACAUCGCCGCCGGCCACCCCCUGGUCCCCUCCCCCGUCGCUAUGACGAUCUCCACACCGCCCCCGGCGCCCGCAGAGCCGCAGCCGCAGCAGGAGGAAGAGGAGGUGCUCGUGCCGCACCAGGAGCUACCCAACGGGACGCAGCCAAUGGAAGUUGUGCCUGCUGAGCCAGCUGCUACUGUCGAAAACCAGCCAACAGAGGAUACACCAAUCUCGAGAUUUACUUGGACCAUUGAUAACCUAUCAAGAGUGAAUACGAAGAAGCUCUACUCUGAAACUUUUGUUGUUGGUGGCUACAAGUGGCGAGUUUUGAUUUUCCCAAGGGGAAAUAAUGUUGAAUUCUUGUCUAUGUAUUUGGAUGUUGCUGAUUCAGCAGUCUUGCCCUAUGGAUGGACUAGAUAUGCACAGUUCAGCCUCUCAGUGGUUAAUCAAAUUCACAACAAGUUUACAAUAAGAAAAGAAACACAACAUCAGUUCUCUGCUCGAGAAAGCGAUUGGGGUUUCACUUCAUUUAUGCCUUUGAGUGAACUCUACAAUCCCAGUAGAGGUUAUCUUGUAAAUGAUACUUGUGUAAUAGAAGCAGAGGUUGCUGUGUGUAAGGUUGUUGAUUAUUGGAGUUAUGACUCUAAAAAGGAGACUGGCUAUGUUGGCCUCAAAAACCAAGGUGCCACUUGCUAUAUGAAUUCUCUCCUUCAGACUCUCUAUCACAUUCCAUAUUUCAGAAAGGCGGUUUAUCAUAUGCCCACUACUGAGAAUGAUAUGCCCUCAGGAAGCAUUCCAUUAGCUCUUCAAAGUCUCUUUUAUAAGUUGCAGUAUAAUGACAGCAGUGUUUCCACAAAGGAGCUAACAAAAUCUUUUGGGUGGGACAUGCACGAUUCAUUUAUGCAACAUGAUGUGCAAGAACUAAAUAGAGUUCUUUCUGAGAAGUUGGAAGAUAAGAUGAAGGGAACCGUUGUGGAGGGCACAAUACAACAAUUAUUUGAAGGGCAUCACAUGAACUAUAUCGAGUGUAUCAAUGUGGACUUUAAAUCAACAAGGAAGGAAUCCUUCUAUGACCUACAGCUUGAUGUCAAAGGUUGUCAGGACGUCUAUGCUUCAUUUGACAAGUAUGUGGAGGUGGAGCGCCUGGAAGGUGAUAACAAGUAUCAUGCGGAACAGCAUGGAUUGCAGGAUGCAAAGAAAGGUGUUCUUUUUAUCGACUUCCCUCCUGUUCUACAACUUCAGCUAAAACGCUUUGAAUAUGAUUUCAUGCGUGACACAAUGGUGAAGAUAAAUGACCGUUACGAGUUCCCACUUCAGUUGGAUCUGGAUAGAGAUGAUGGGAAGUAUUUAUCUCCCGAUGCAGACAGGAAUGUGCGAAAUCUUUACACUUUGCACAGUGUUCUUGUCCAUAGUGGCGGUGUUCAUGGUGGGCAUUACUAUGCUUUCAUAAGACCUACGCUCUCUGAUCAGUGGUUCAAGUUCGAUGAUGAGCGUGUAACAAAAGAAGAUGCAAAGAGGGCAUUGGAAGAGCAAUAUGGUGGUGAGGAGGAGCUACCCCAGACUAAUCCUGGCUUAAACAACACUCCGUUCAAGUUUACCAAAUAUUCGAACGCAUACAUGCUUGUAUACAUUCGUGAAAGUGACAAGGACAAAAUAAUUUGUAAUGUGGAUGAGAAGGACAUAGCUGAGCACCUUCGAAUUAGACUGGAAAAGGACCGUGAAGAGAAGGAGCGCCGGAAAAAGGAGAAAGCUGAGGCCCACCUAUAUACCAUCAUUAAGGUUGCUAGGGAUGACGAUUUGACUGCUCAGAUAGGGAAAGAUAUAUAUUUUGAUCUUGUUGAUCAUGAUAAAGUCCCGAGCUUUCGUAUUCAAAAGCAGAUGCCUUUUACUCAAUUCAAGGAGGAGGUAGCAAAAGAAUUGGGCAUCCCUACGCAGUUCCAACGAUUUUGGUUGUGGGCCAAGCGGCAAAACCAUACCUACCGACCCAAUCGACCGUUGACUCCUCAAGAAGAAGCACUAACUGUUGGGCAAUUAAAGGAAGCAGCAAACAAGGCCCACAACGCAGAACUGAAGUUGUUCUUGGAAGUUGAACUUGGGCUGGACCUAAAACCUCUUGCUCUACCAGACAAGACCAGGGAUGAUAUUUUGCUUUUCUUCAAACUCUAUGAUCCUGAAAAGGAACAGCUGCGGUAUGUUGGUAGGCUCUUUGUGAAGGCUUCAGGAAGACCACAGGAUAUUCUGCCAAAAUUGAGAAAAAUGGCUGGUUUUUUGCAAGAUGAUGAUGUCGAACUUUACGAGGAAAUUAAGUUCGAGCCAAAUGUGAUGUGUGAAUACAUUGAUAAUAGGAUUAUAUUUCGCUCUUGCCAGCUGGAAGAUGGUGAUAUUGUUUGUUUUCAAAAAUCCCCAAAGCCAGAUACUGCUGACCAGUUUAGAUACCCUGAUGUCCCAUCGUUUCUGGUGUAUAUACGUAACAGACAGGUUGUCCACUUCCGGUCGUUGGAGAAGCCCAAGGAGGAUGAUUUUUGCCUAGAGAUGUCAAAGAUUUUCACGUACGAUGAAGUUGUAGAAAAAGUCGCUCAACAGCUUGGUGUUGAUGACCCAUCAAAAAUUCGUCUUACAUCACAUAAUUGUUACUCUCAACAGCCUAAGCCUCAACCCAUUAAGUACAGAGGCGUUGAACGUUUGCUAGAUAUGCUGAUUCACUACAAUCAGACUUCUGAUAUUCUGUACUAUGAAGUAUUGGAUAUACCCCUGCCAGAACUACAAGCAUUGAAGACAUUGAAAGUUACAUAUCAUCAUGCCACCAAGGAUGAGGUGUCUGUUCACAGUAUAAGAUUGCCAAAAAAUAGCACGGUUGGUGAUGUUCUAAGUGAUAUCAAAUCAAAGGUUGACCUAUCUCAUCCUGAUGCUGAACUUCGAUUACUUGAAGUUUUCUACCACAAGAUAUACAAGAUUUUUGCACCCAGUGAAAAAAUAGAAAACAUCAACGAUCAGUACUGGACACUGCGUGCAGAGGAGGUACCGGAGGAGGAGAAAAACCUUGGUCCUUUUGAUCGCUUGAUUCAUGUAUACCAUUUUACCAAAGACACUCAAAACCAAACGCAAGUUCAGAAUUUUGGAGAACCUUUCUUUAUGGUUAUUCGUGAGGAUGAGACCUUAUCUUCUAUUAAAGAACGUUUACAGAAAAAGCUUAAGGUCUCAGAUGAGGAUUUCUCCAAGUGGAAAUUUGCGUACAUAUCCCUUGGUCGCCCAGACUAUUUUGAAGAUUCUGACACUGUAGCUACGAGAUUUCAGAGAAACAUGUAUGGAGCUUGGGAGCAGUAUCUUGGACUGGAGCACCCGGACACAGCGCCAAGAAAGGCACAUAGUGCUAACCAGAACCGCCAUUCAUUUGAGAGGCCUGUAAAGAUCUACAACUAGACAGUUGUGAGAAGCGGGAGCGACGUCCUGCCAUGCAAUACCACCAAGCAAGUGGCUGAAAGUGAAAUUGCUGGCUUGAAUAAAUCGUGUGCCAUAUGAUGGCAGGACUAGUUGCUCAAGUUAAUGACGGAGCCUGUAAGCUAGCGUUUCCGCGCACUCUGCCCUGGAUAUAUAAAGUUUGUGCAGAGAUGACCCAACGAACCAUCACCUUUUAGUAGAUAAGGAGGCUGUUUUUCUUUUCUUGCACUAGGUGCUCUAUACAGUCAAAUAGCUAGUGGAUUGCUUGGUUCUGCAGUUGUUGCUAGGUGCAGAGUUGUUGAUGCUUUUUCUGUAUAUUAUUGUUGUGAGCUGUACAAGUCCAGUCCUUGUUGACGGUCACACGGUAUCUGUAACUCCAGUGAUGAUAUAGUGCUCUGCGUCUUUUCACAAAUUUGUAUUAUCUGACUCUCCUAAGCUGUGCUACAGGGCUAUUACCGCACCUGACUCGAGUUUGAGCUUCCUUA